AUGGUUGAGAGGACCAGCAAAUUCUUGUUAAUCGUCGCCGGCUCCGUCUUCUUCAUGCUCAUCCUGUACCAGUACGUGGCUCCCGGGGUGAUGAACUUCGGGGCGCCGCAGGGGUACCUUGCGGAGGACAACACGGAUAUCUUCCCCACUCCGGACCCGCAUUACGUUAAGAAGUACUACUUCCCCGUCCGGGACCUGGAGCGCACGGUGGACUUCAAGAUCAAGGGGGAGGACGUGAUCGUGUUCCUGCACAUCCAGAAGACGGGGGGCACCACCUUCGGGCGCCACCUGGUUCAAAACGUGCGCCUGGAGGUGCCCUGCGAUUGCCGACCCGGCCAGAAGAAGUGCACAUGCUACCGGCCGAAUAGGAAGGAGACGUGGCUGUUCUCGCGCUUCUCCACGGGCUGGAGCUGCGGGCUGCACGCCGACUGGACGGAGCUCACCAGCUGCGUGCCAGGGGUGCUGAACAAGAAGGAGAGCAAGCUGAAAACGCACAGGAAGUUCUACUACAUCACGUUGCUGCGCGAUCCUGUGUCGCGCUACCUGAGCGAGUGGCGGCACGUGCAGCGCGGCGCCACCUGGAAGACGUCGCUGCACAUGUGCGACGGGCGCACGCCUACGCCCGAGGAGCUGCCCUCUUGCUACGAGGGCGGCGAUUGGUCAGGCUGCACGCUGCGCCAAUUCAUGGACUGCCCCUACAAUCUGGCCAACAACCGGCAGGUGCGCAUGCUGGCCGACCUCAGCCUGGUAGGGUGCUACAACGCCUCCUUCGUGCCCGAGAAGAAGCGCGCCCAGAUGCUCCUCGAGUCGGCCAAGAAGAACCUGCGCGACAUGGCCUUCUUCGGCCUCACCGAGUUCCAGCGCAAGACGCAGUACCUGUUCGAGAGAACCUUCCGGCUUCGCUUCAUCCGGCCCUUCGUGCAGUAUAACAGCACGCGGGCGGGUGGCGUCGACGUUGACGAUGAAACGGUGCUGCGCAUCGAGGAGCUCAACGAGCUCGACAUGCAGCUCUACGACUACGCCAAGGACCUCUUCCAGCAACGCUACCAGCACAAGCGACAGCUGGAGCGCCGGCAGCAGCGCCUGGCUCUCCGGGGUCACGCUGAGGGCCCCGUGCGCCGCUCCCGGACCGACCGGCCCCGGGAUGAGGGCCCCGAGGAUGCGUCACGCCUGCCAACUGAGGACUAUAUGAACCACAUCAUCAGCAAGUGGUAGCGAGUGGAGCUGGGAUGCGCCUGGCCUGGGGUGACAGAGUGCGAGUUGCUUCAUUUUGGGACUAGAAAAUGGAGGGACAUGUAUAGCAGUGAUGGGGGUCUCUGACUAACUGUGUGAUCAUCAAUGCUAAGGAUAGACACUACAUUGGAACACCGGAGGGGUGUGAAUUAGAUCUGUGCAGUGAUGGUACAGAUCAUGUAUCGGGUCUACAGGAAAGAUAAUGACGUGCGAUAAUUUCAAAAGAUAACAGAUAGUGUAAAGUGAAACAGCUAAGCUUGCAAUGGACAUGCUAACAAGCAUGUUUCUGCCAUUGAACUGGACUGUGCUUUACUGAGUGGAAUUGGAACAUUUAAGAUGUGCUUCACUAUGUCAUGGAGCCUUUCAGACAUAGUGAAGAUGUGCUUCACUAUGUCAUGGAGCCCUCCGCCGAUGCUUCUUUUUGGGAUUCAUGACCACUUUUAUGUGACCUGUGGAUUGCAUAUCUCUAUAAUCAUCUGGUCAUGCUCAAAUUGAACUCCUUGGUGUAUCCAGACAGGCGCAUUAAAGAUAAACGGACAGCGUUUUAGAGUUAAUAUGGGCCUUAGGGCAGCCUUUCAAUUAUCCUCUAAGUAUGAGAAGUGGCCCGCCCACUUACAUGGCCCUCACCAGGUGAUCUGUACAACCAAUCAUCGGUAGCGCCUUGCUAUGUUCACUGUUACAGUGAUUGGCUGAAAUCUAGUCACAUGACUGUUCUCAAGCGGCCUGUCAAAGAUUUUUUGUAAUUAUCCUUGUUCUUUAUGUACUGUUAGUUUGUUUUCACGUGUAAUGAUUUAUGAUGUCAGAAUGCAGCAGGACUUGCUGUGGCUCCCUCCACUGGGGGCUCUUUUGCAACCCCCCUCCCCCGCUCCCUCCCCCCGCAAAAGACAGUUGCCAUGCGACAUAAUAAUGUUUUGUAAGACAUGUUUCAUUAUAGGAUCUUUUUAAAACAAGCAUUCCACCACCACGAUCACCUUCACUGCCAUCAUCAUCACUUUUGCCUGAUAACCACAAAACCAUGGGUAUGUCCAUGUUGGGGGAGUGGCAUGACUGUAGAAUUACAAGGACAGCUCCUACUACCAAGGAAAUACUGUGGGGGGCUAUGCAACUUGCGGGGUGGGCGGUGAUGAUAAAAGUUUUUGACCAGCAGUGGGCUGGAGAGGGUGAGAAAUUAAUCCAUUUUCUUAUAACUGGAUACUUGUUGGUAUCCCUGCAGGCUGCUGGUAGCGUGCACCCAACACAUUGGUGACCACUUCUAGAAUGUUGCCAGAUUCCUUUUCUGGAGUCACAUUCUAGAAGGUGCACAGCAUUCCACGGGGAUUCCUUGGGGGGCUGGACUGUAAGGCCCCCCACUUGACUGGGGCUUCAUUGUGCCAGUAAUGUUCUGUCAAAAUUUGCAGGAAUAUAGGCGCUUUCCCACCGUAGGAACUUUUUUCAAGAACCAAAACUGGGACCAGGAACUUCUGCCAUGUUCCGGAACCACGACCGUAGGAUUGUAGUUUUUCUGAGGCUGUUCCAGAACUUUUUUUGAGUCCCUACUCUGGAUAAGACACUACUAAGGUGGGCCAUAUAUUGAUAAACUUGGUGACUGGUUUAGCACAAGCACCAGCGCUAACUUGGAAGCUACAUGGAAGUACAGGGAAAGGAGAUGGAAAUAGUGGAGCAAAAACUGCGCAAAUGGACUUAUUUUUGUAUCUCAGUUCCAUUUAAUGCAUUAAUGAAUACCUAUUUACUUGUGUCUCCAUAUUCCUGCAUCGGAAAAUUUGAUUGAUAACCGGAAUACUUUUGUCUAAUAUCGCCAAUGCUGGUGGUGACACUUGCCAGCACUUAUUAAUAGGAGAAAGUCAUGUCAUUUUUUUUAUUCCGUGGAAAACUAAAGAUCAAUCUGCUGGCCAGAUUAAAUAAUAAAUUAUAAAUAUGUUGUCGUAAAAUAUAAAUAUAUCUCUGUGUCCCAUUUUUAUCACAGUCGAUCCCCCUAGUAACUAACAAACAACUAACAAGAUGACUUUUUUAUCCUCCAUUGUUUUAGCAUGGCAUUGUAGUUUCAUAUGAAAUUAUGUGUGAAGUUGAACCUAUAAACCUUUUGCGUCUCCCAUGCUUGUUUAGCGUUAAGGUCCCGGUUCCUGUGGUACAGUGGGAAAGCGACUCAUGAAAAUGGCCAGGAGUUACAUAAUCGAGAUGGCCCAGGAACUAGAUGGAUCGCGAUAGCCCAGGAACUAGGAACCAGGUUUCCGAACUUUGGUGGGACAGCGGCGAUGCACCCAGAGCACAUGGAAAACAUUUCCAGCAUCAGCACAAAUUGGGAGAUAUAUCUUUUACUGUCAUGCAGGUACAAAUAACUGAAUCCGGGGGUGUCUGUAUAUAUGCAUCUGAGUGCAUUUAGUGGGACAGUAUCCAGCUUAAUGUAUGGAUCUCUGCUAAGAACACAUUCCUUGUUUUUAAUUUCAGACUUUAUUACUAGUGUGUAUCCAUUCUAAACUAUUCACUCUGCAUGCACUAGGCUAGAAUCACAGAUGAUGGGAAAUAAGAGUCUAGAUUUUUCCCAUCAUGGAAAUCACUCCCCUGUCAGUCUCCACCAUCUCUGGACCCGUCUGUAAAAAUACCAUCUAUUUCCUAAGGGGGCGCUAAUUGCUAUCAGAGGUCACAUUCUGUAAAUUAGCUAGAGCUGUGAGAAUUGCGGCGUGUGUUCCUUUAAUUGAAAACGGGGAAUAGCACAGCGUUCCCAUUGGCUAAUGGAGAGGCAGCAUGGGCUCAGUGGCCGAGAUGAGCUGCUUCUGGUCAAAGUAACUAUGAUAGAGAUGGGAGUUUUGAUGUUGCCGAUUUUCUGGUAAGAAGCGUAGAUCAAACGCUGUCUCUGAGCUGUCAUCUGUCUCCCAGAAGGAGCUGAUAGUGGCAGGAAGGGCACAGGGGACUCUACUGACUUUGUGGGUUUAAAAAAAAUAAUAAAUGGACCAAUCCAUGUGCGAAGUAUGAUCACAUGACCAAGUAAGAGACCAACCGAGAGAGCAAAAACGUGGGCUCUCUUUCAAGGAAGUUUGGUUCAAACAAUUCAGUUCUUGUGGGGGGGGGGUGCUGAAGACCCAGUGGAGGGGGUGGAGUUGGCACCUUCUUCAUGUGUUUCUGUACUGUGUCCUGAUUUUCCUUUAUGAUGCUGUGAAUUGUUUUGUCAUUCAUGCAAAUAUGGAUCCCUGAAUUUGACAUUAAAGAGAACUCAUUUGUAAAGAGA